AUGCCUGAAGUCGGAGAAGUAGCUGAUCCUUGGCCCCGCGGUACCCUCGCGACCGCCAAGCAGGGCGUUCGUGACCUGUUUCGCUGGAAGCAGCGUACCCAAAUCACCAACGACUUUGGCGAGUCGCACUUUGUCUGGCAGAAUCCCGAGCCGCUGCAGAACCCCAUCAAGCUCUUCGCCCAAUUGUCAGCGAAGGCAUGGCUGUUCUUCAUCGUUGGUCUGGCUGCUUGGACCGCAGACGCCUUCGAUUUCCACUCUCUGUCCAUCCAGACCGUGAAACUCGCCAAAUACUACGACACUACAAAGACCAAUGUCACCACAGCCAUUACCCUCACCCUCCUCCUGCGCUCCGUGGGUGCUGCCUUCUUUGGUGUUGCGGGUGACAAAUAUGGUCGCAAAUAUCCCAUGGUUGUGAACAUGAUUGUUCUUGGUCUCCUUCAGAUCGCAACCAUCUAUUCCAAAACCUUUAGCCAGUUCCUUGCUGUGCGCUCUCUGUUCGGUCUCUUCAUGGGCGGCGUGUAUGGAAACGCCAUUGCCAUGGCUCUCGAGAAUUGCCCCGCCAAUGCCCGUGGUCUGAUGUCCGGAAUCCUCCAGCAAGGCUACUCUUUCGGCUACGUUCUUGCCGCGUGCGUCAAUCUCGGAAUUGGCGGGUCUACCAACUCCUGGAAGAUUAUGUUCUGGGUCGGUGCUGGUUUCUCCAUCGCCGUUGGCCUGAUUCGUCUAGCCUUCCCUGAGUCGCGCCAAUUCAUCGAAGCGAAGAAAGAAGGUACCAAGAACACCUCAGCUGGCGCUUUCUGGAAGGAGACCAAGACCAUGCUGCGCCAGGAGUGGCGCAUGUGCGUCUAUUGCAUCAUUCUGAUGACCUGGUUCAAUUACUACUCCCACACUAGCCAGGACAGCUACACUACAUUCAUGCUCACGGAGAAAGAGCUCUCCAACGCCCCCGCCACCCGCGCCUCCAUCCUCAUGAAGACCGGCGCCUGCGUCGGCGGCACCAUCAUCGGCUACCUCUCCCAAUGGAUCGGCCGCCGCCGCGCCAUGUUCAUCAGCGCACUCAUGUCCUGCAUCCUGGUCCCCGCCUGGAUCCUGCCCACGACCGAGCGCUCCCUCUCCGCCUCGGGCUUCUUCAUGCAAUUCUUCGUGCAGGGCGCCUGGGGCGUCAUCCCCAUCCAUCUGAACGAACUCUCUCCUCCGGCCUUCCGCUCCGGCUUCGUCGGCGUCACCUACCAGAUCGGCAACAUGAUCUCCAGCCCCUCGGCGCAGAUCGUCAACGCCUUGUCUGAAAGCCACUUCCUCACCGCGCCCAGCGGCGACCGCGUCGAGGCCUACGGCCCUGUCAUGGGCAUCGCUACCGUCAUCAUCGCGCUGGGUAUUGCCGUCACUGUCAUGCUCGGCCCUGAGCACAAGGGUACGCGCUUCGAGCUGGCCAAGCCCGCUGGCGUCCAGGAGGAGGAGAUCCGGCACAAGCUUGGCAGCGAUGCUGGGCUCGAGCGCGGUGAGGUGGAGAAGGUGACCACGGGGCAGUUUGAGACUGUCGAGGCUGCGGGCAAGUCUGAGAAGGUUUGA